AUGGCAUCCGACACAAAACGCCAGAAUGCAGGAGCAAGAGUGCCAGUUGCAUUGCCCAAGGGUGAGCCCACACAGCCAGCGGCAUCUUCUGUUUCUCAGGAUAUCAGUCUACAACAAGCCAUUGGAAGUCGAAUUCGCGUCAGUACGGCAGCGCCGAAUCAAUUAAACCUGGAAGGCACCGUUUACACGGCCGAUCCUCUAACCAAUCUCCUCGUGUUGAACACAAGCGCCACCGUCCCGACAGCAAUUAACUCUACUUCUCUUGUUGCCCCCGCAGGUGCAUACCGAAUUGUCCCCAUUUCUCAAAUCAGCAGCUUUCAACUUCUUGCCCUUCCUCAGCAGCCGACUGAAACCAACCACACCCCGGCCCUCAACACUGUCGAUACCAAUGCUGUUCAGUCUCGUCUUGCGAGAAACAUCUCCAACCAACAAGCAGCCCAGGCCCGUCUCGGUCCCAAGGGAACCACUACUACCGAUCAAGCACUCUUCGAUGCCUUGUCUCGAACCCAUCCGGCUCGCUGGUCUGGAAAUGUGAUGCUCAUAUCUGAUACCUAUUUGAUUGAGAAGCCCUAUGGGGCAGCAAAUGUUAAAUUUGUCGAGGGUCGGCACGGAGAUCUGGAGCGAAUGAAAAAGGUGGUUGAUAUGGAGCGACAAAAGAUCACAUUGAGACUGUCUAAAGGCAUGAUUGAUGGGAAACUGGGCUCGGACAACUCAAGUGGCAAGGGAGUUGCUCCCGCGGGCAUCAAGAAGGGUGGUUAA